CUCUUCUAGGUUCACUGCCGGUAUCAAGCCCGGGUAAAGAUAGAGGGUUGGACACGGGGUCAGCAACCCCGCCUCGUAGGAAACGGCUUUGCCAAAAAUCCCUAAUCAGAAUAAAUCAAUUGGACCAUUUAAACUCUGCCCUGAGAGUUGGACGAUCUUCAUUCGGAGGAAUUGUGGAGCCACAUGGUGAAAGCCAAGAUUCUCCGAAAGUUAUGAGACCGAUCUCCCCUUCUAACAACCAGAGCAGCAAUUAGUAUAGGUACAUGGGAUGGAUGUCCAGACAAUGUGAGAGACCGGGAGGACCAAUCAGAUACCUACAGAAAUGAGGAGAUACAACUUGACAGUGCUCGGAAUCAGUGAAACCCAUUGGACCCAAGCUGAACAGAAAAGUUUGAAUUCAGGAGAGAUGCUGCUGUACUCUGGUCACAAAGAGGAAGAUGACUCACACACUCAGGGAUUUGCUGUGAUGCUGUCCGUAGGAGCACAAAGUGCACUUAUGGGAUGUGAAUCUCAUGGAUCCAGGAUCAUCAAAGCAUCCCUAAGAGAUUCAGAAGUUCAAUGGAAAACGUGUGAAGCAGGAGAGAGCCUGACAUAACUCCAGAUCACCACCAACUGGUUGUGGCCAAAAUCAAACUGAAGCUAAAGAAACACUGGACAACUGGAGAAACAGUAGUUCAAAGGUUCAAUACAAACUUCUUUUGAAAUACAGUCAAACUGGACGAAUUCAAGAUAGCUCUGAACAGUGUGUUCCAAACCCUACAAUAGCUAUCCAACGAAGAUGAAACUAUUAUGAAGGAUAACUGGAAAGGGAUCAAACAAGCACUAACUUCAACAUGUCAGGAUGUUCUGAGCCGCAAGAACCAUCAUCAUAAGGAUUGGACAUCUAUCGAAACUUUAGACAGUAUUCAAUAAAGGAAGAACAAGGAGACAGCAACUAACAACAGUCGAACAAGAACAGAGAGGGCCAAGUCACAAGCUGAAUACACUGAAACAAACAAGCAGGUGAAGAGGAGCAUUAAAACCGACAAUCAGAAGUACUUGGAAGACCUAGCAGGAACAGAGGAUAAAGCUACAAGAGAAGGAGAUAUGAGACAACUAUAUGACGUAACGAACAAUGUGGGAGGGAAAUGUAGUGAACCGUCGAGACCAAUCAAAGACGGAAAAGGCAGGCUAAUCACUGAAAUCCAAGAACACAUGGGGGGGGGGCACUUUAGGGAACUCUUGAAUGGGCCAGCACCACUGAAUCCACCGGAUAUCGAAGCAGCACAUACAGACCUUUCUAUUAAUGUCACUGCAUCAACGACCAAAGGAAUCAGGAUGGCCAUAAGACAAAUCAAGAGCGGCAAAGCAGCAGGAAGAGAAAACAUAACAGCCGGAGCACUGAAGUCAAACAUAAGAGCAACUGCGGACAUGCUCCACGUUCUGUUCAGGAAUAUUUGGGGGAGGUUUAGUGGCCCGAUAUCUGACUUUAUUUGAAUCGUAUGAGUGAUUACUAUUGAAAUAAACGUAUCGUCAAUCCUCGUGUAUUACCAGCGACUUAAAUCGCGUCAGUGAUUAACGGAAUUAAGUGAGUCAAAUAUGAAAAUUAAGUUUCAGUGCGUAUAUUUCAUAAAAUCGUUGAUCGGAAAGCGAAGCAAAACGGAACGGCACACAAUGGAGAAGGCGGGUGAAUCAACUCAAUUUAGUUAAAUGUGGAUCGAUAUUGAUAGUCGAACAAAAAUAUGUUACAGUCAUGUGAUGAGUAAGAUGAGAAACGCAUACGCUUACAUAAAAACAGUCAAGGUUGAUAAGCGAAUAACUAACAAGGUCAAAACGUGACUCCAGAAGAAUGAAUAAAUUGGCCUGUCCGGAAGCUAGAAUAAGCUAUAUGGGCUUGAAAUAACAACCGACAUUGCAGAGGAACAAGUGCCAACAGACCGAAAUGAAGAUAUCAAAGAAUGUAGAUCUGAGCAAAUGUGAGAACUACAGAGGGAUCACACUACAAUCAGUACCACGAGAGGUUUUCAACAGAGUGUUGUCCAACCGAAUGAAAGAUUUAGUGGGCACCCAACUUUAGGAUCGACACACCGGAUUGCAUAAGCAUUGGUCGUGCACAGAUCAAAUUGCGACACUACGGAUCAUCGUUGAACGAUCAAUUGAAUGGAACUCAUCACUACCCAUCAACUUCAUUGACUAUGAGAAGGCGAUUGACAGCGUAGAUCGAAGAACUUUAUGGAACCUCUUUAGACACUGUGGUGUACCUGCGAAAAUUGUCAACAUUAUCCGGAAUUCAUAGGAGGGAUUACGCUUCAAAGUCGUGGAUGAAGGAAUGCUGGCAGAUGCGUUCCAAGUGAUGACCGGAGUCAUACAAGGCUGCUUACAUUCCCCUCUUUCUUCCGACAGUUGAGUGUAUUAUGAAAACCUACAUCUGAGGGGAAGCACGGAAUACGAUGGACAGGUUGAAUGCAACUGGACGAUUGGGACUUCGCAGAUAACCGAGCUCCUCUAUCCCGUAUACACCGACAAAUGCAGGUGAGGACAGUCAGUGUAACAACAACACCUGUCUGUAGCAUUAGGGCUCAAAAUACACUAGGGAAAAAGCAAGAUCCUGAAACAAAACACGGGGAACACUGAUUCAGUCACACUUGAUGGAGAGACUCUGGAAGAUGUGGGCAUCAUCAUCGAUUAACAAGAGGGACCUGGUGCAGAUAUAAAGGCAAGAAUUGAACAUAUGGAACUCAAAAGAACUUUCAACCAAUAUGAAUGUCAGAACUGGGAUCCUCCCAGUUAAAGCAGUUUCUGGAUUAUAAGACGAAUGUGAAUGAUGAUUACAGCCAUUGGCUUCUGUUCUCAAUCACAUCUAAUACCGUUUCAAGCUAAUGAGUUGCACCAUCUGUUGGACCACAACCAGUAAGUUGUUAUUGACCGAUCGAUGUCAGUUAUAUACGGAUUUCUUUCAUAUCCCUGCACCAUUUCAUAAGCUGUAACAUCGUAAACUAUAUGAUCCUUUUCUAUUAUGUUAUCUGUCACAAAAAUGUAAUUAAAAUGCAGUGAUGCCUUUUAAUCUCUCCAGGAUAAUUGCACAUUCACGUUAUGAGAAUUCUGUGGGUAUAGAGUUUUUAGAUGUUGGUGUUUCAGGUGUUAGUUUAUGGCAUUAAAUGCCUCCUGAACUAUGAGACUCAUGGUUGUGUUAGUGUGUUUACUGUCUACCACUUUCAUUAUUUUGUAACUCAACGGUUAUGAGUGUUCUAGACACUAAAUACUUCAUGUCUGGCAAUUAAUAUUGCUGAGCGUUUAAACUGUCGAUAAAACUAGACUGUCAUGGGUAAAUUACUAAUUAAAAGUGUCUAAAUCAGUAUUUUAGAUUCUCACUGACUUAUCUUGACAUUAGAUUGUAAUAUGGUUUCUGUCAGUUGAGUGUCAUCUAGUUGUGACAACGGUUUGUGUGUAAUAACUGGGUGUUGUGAAUUUCAUAAACAUUAACUGUGGUCAACAACAGACUUUUGUAGUAGAUAUUACCUGAAACCCUUUCAGAUUAUGAAUACUAUGUACUAAUUGUACCUUUUUCUUAACUUUCAAGGCAACGAGAAUCUCUUUUGUUGCUUACCUCAGACCCACUUCCAUAUUUUUUCCUGUGUAUUCAGUUAAGUAUUUGUCGAAAUCACUGAUGACCUCCAACAUAAAUCAUACGAAUGAACAACUUCCUUGUACAGAAAAUCGCUCGGAGUUAAAAGAAGUUUUGAAACCGUGCGAUAAACUUCCGCCGACAAACGACAUAAAAUUGGAUCGAUCUUACUUUAAACGUAAAGUCCCAAUGAUAUUCGUCGGUAUUCAUUGUGAUAAACAUGUCAAGACGUCUUUAGAGAAGUUGAGACCAUUUUUCUGUCCUUUUAUCCGACUACCUAAAAUAUCUAAAACUUACCGAGAUUCAAAUGGAUCGUUGCGUAAAUUGAUGCUGGUUCAAAUGCCUGAACCUGAUAAAAUCUUACAGUUUAUAACUGAUUUAAAUCAGUGGAACGUUGAUUUACCUAAAGAUUACGCAAAUCUUCAACCAGUCGAUUUAUCUGUACCGAAAUUGCCCGAAUGUCUAAACGAUUUGAAAGCUGAAGAUUCAUUGAACGAUGAAGCAUUUAAAAAAGUUAGUGUUGUAGAAGAAGAGAUAAAUAUGUUGGAAAAUAUUGUCACCUCACCAUGUCUCGUGAAUAUGUCGGUCGGUUAUGAAAAUUUCACAUUCGAACAAGUUAUCAAGGAAUUGUUGCCUGAUUUCAUCUUGCCUAUUACUGGGUUUACUAUAAUUGGUCACGUUAUACAAUUUAAUCUCAAAACUGAAGCGUUACCCUACCGUCAUAUUAUUGGUAAUUACCGGUACCAUUGUGCACCGAAAUAAGUAUGUCCUGCAUAAUUCAAGGGAUAUAUAAGAGGGGAAAGGGAAGUUCUAUCAGAAAAUACAAUUAAAACAAAUGAGUAAACAAGAAUAUCAUAUAACACCAGAUACAUUUCAGCUAAAAGUGUGCUCAAGAAAGAUUUCUUUUAGUCAAAAGAGGUCCCCUCACUUUUACAAAUAAUUUAAUAACGUAACAACAGAAUCGCCAUUGACUCCUAUUACAAGCGAUGUCUGAUAAUAUGUCAAACUAUUGAGUCGCAUCAUCUCUAGGACCCAACCAAGGAGUCAUAGCCGAUCGACAUUGGAAACUGGAUGCUGACCAAAUUAGUUUUAAUGAACUCACCUAGCUGAAGGCGCUCGGCCAUGCAUCCACACCAGAUCACGAGUUAGAACGCCGUGCUCAACUUCUCCUGCAAGCUCUAGCCAGUUAAGAUCAUUCGUUUCUCGAUAUAUUGAUAGCCUAUCAAAUAUAUCUUCGGAGCUCCUCGCUUCUGAUUUUUGAUUUCUCUGGGCGGGCACGAUUCAAUCAUAGAAGGUGUUAUUGAUUGAAGUGUUGUCAAACUAGAAAUACCUGUGGUAUCUGCAGUGUCAAUGUUGAUGACUUACUGAACUGUUUAUUUUGUGGAUUUACUUACCACUGCAUGUUCAAAGAGCAACUAAAGUGGUACUUAGGCUAAAAACAAAUCCAUGCAAUUCGAGAAAGGAUUAACAGUUUUAGUAGGACAACUAUUCUUGGUUCACAUCCGAGAAAGUUUUUGAACUUUCAUAUAUUUGGAAAUAUCAGGACUAUUUAUUUACUUAUUUUUCCGUAGUGAGGAAAACUGUCAGUCCAUAUAUGACUAUCAUUUACAAAUGUUUAUGUUUGCUGUGUGAUUCAUAAAGUUAUCGAUUCACUUACAUGUGUGACAUAUUUACUUUAUUUUUUCAUAUUACUAACACCUUUAAUAUUUUAUUUGACAAGUCUUUAUUUUGUUCCCUAUCAUUUCUGACUAACGAACUACAGGUCAGGUUGCUCUUGAUAAAAUACCAAAUAUUCGCACAGUUAUUCAUAAAGCUACGAAUAUUGAAUCGGCUUAUCGUACUUUUGAAAUGGAAUUACUUGCUGGUGCUCCUGAUUACAUAACAUCAAUGCGUGAAAACAGUGUAACGUUGCACUUGGAUAUUAGUAAAGUUUACUGUAAUCCGCGUUUGGGUGAGCGUCCUAUUUCCUGUUUAUUUAAAGCCGCUAAAUUUUUAAUUUUCUCUUAAAUUCUGUUCCAAUACAUUGCUUCAUUGAAUUGUUAUUUUCUGUAAAUUCCAUCCGUGUUAUCCCGUAAAUGUCUUUUUGCAUGUGUUCAUAGUUUAAUAUUUCAAACACUUGCCACUUAAGUCUACAUGUUUAGGUUUAGGUCUUCUAAUAAAUCUUAAAAUUUCACGAAGAUCAGCUUGAAUGAAUUAUUUUUUUGACAACAACGUGCUAAGUGUCUAAAGUUUAGGAGUUUGUACUGAAAUUUCGCUCACCGUGAUUCUAAAGUGGUAGAUAGCUCUAAAUCUUUCAAAUGUCAAUUCACCUACUAUAUCGGUCCUUAAACCAAGUAUUUCGGAUAUCUACCAUGGAACUUUCUAAAUAACCUACCCUCUUCAAUGUUAAACAUACCAAGCAUUUAUAUCCCGGAGGUAGUUUAUAUAAUUAAUUAGAAAAAUUAGUGACUACUUCAGCUAGUUAAAUUUACCUUUUUUUAUAUUUGCAACGACGAUUCAAUCAUAGAAGGUGUUAUUGAUUGAAGUGUUGUCAAACUAGAAAUACCUGUGGUAUCUGCAGUGUCAAUGUUGAUGACUUACUGAACUGUUCAUUUUGUGGAUUUACUUACCACUGCAUGUUCAAAGAGCAACUAAAGUGGUACUUAGGCUAAAGUGCGAAUCCAUCUCAGUGCUCUUACAUGUUGUGCAGUACGGGCAGAUUUUUUGUUAUAUUAUCAGUAUUUUUCACACUGCCAAUUGUUCUAUCCACCCUACUGACCAUUAGUAAAUUUGAGUAAUUGGUUACAUAUAGGAGGAAAUCCAUUAAGGACAGAACAUUUAAGUGUCUUACAGAAAUCCGCACGGAUGGUUUUGCGGUUCUUUUCGUGCCUCAAGGUAA